UUUUUCAACUUUUUGAACUAACGCCUUAAAGGAGGGAGGAGAACAUCUCAAAAUAUCGAAAAUUUGAAAUUUGACAUUUUGUGAUUUUUUCAUGUUUUAGCUGCAUCUGGGUUUCGAAAUAUGACACGUAGGAUGCUAUUUACAUUUGUCAGGGAGUCAGAAGGUAUUAAUAUAACAGAAAAAUGCAAAAAACUUGAAGGAUACAUCUUUAACUUUGGACCAUUUUCUGAUGAGGAUGAAAUAAAAGUAAAACGAGAAAUUCGUCGGUUGAAGUCUAAAAUUGUAUCAAAAUGGAAAAAGUCACAUGCUAUAUGGGAUAAAUUCGAAAAGAAUAAUAAAGGAUGGCUGAAUGGAAUCAUUUCACUUCCUAAACCUCUGGGCUCGUCCUCUCAAAGAGUUGGCUGUCCAAAAACAAAGUUCUAUGAUGUGAGUGAAAGAACCAAGAGAAGAAAAACGGAAAUUUUGAGAAGAGACAAUAACCUGGAAGAACUUACUUUUGCAACUCAAGUAAAAUUAGCUAAUGAAGGGAAACGUGAUGCUUCUCUCGUGCUGAAAGAAAUCACUUCUACACCCAAACGAGCCACUGCCUAUAAAAAAGCGUUCAGUGCAAGUAAAUCCAAAGAGAAGGUACAACUAACACCGCAACAAGCGUUAUCAAUGUUCAUCGAAGCAGACUUAUCAAAGAGGCAGUACGAAAUCAUAAGAAGUUAUAAUCCAUCUAUGUAUCCAUGCUACAGUAAGAUCCAAGAAGUCAAAAAAGAGUGUUACCCCGACAAAGAAUCUAUUACUGUCACCGAAACUUUAGCAGAUAUUAAGCUUCAGAAUUUGAUGGAUCACACUGUAUCCAGAUUACUGACAGAUCUUUACGAAGUAGUAAAACGCUUGACGAAGAAGAAAGAAAUGCCUUGGAACUCAUAUGUAAAUGGGGAUGCGAUGCAGCGCAACAAGCGCAAUUCAACCAAAAAUUUGUAUGUGACUCCGACAUGAACGCUAACUUGUUCCAAAGCUCACUUGUCCCUUUACGGCUUAUUUGUUCCUUAAAUGGAAAAAUACUAUGGCAGAACCCCACUCCUUCAUCUCCUCGUUAUUGCCGCCCAAUCAGGCUGAGAUUUAUAAAAGAAACCGCAGAUGUGAUAAGAGAAGAAAUAUCAUAUAUCAAAGAUGCUUUAAAAAAUUUGAACAAAACGAAAGUCCAAAUGAAAGAAAAUAUUGCUUGCGAGGUAUCGCAUACAAUAAUGUUGACCAUGGUCGAUGGAAAGGUGUGCAACUCUCCAAAUGAAAGAAAAUAUUGCUUGUGAGGUAUCGCAUACAAUAAUGUU